AUGUAUGGUUUUUUUUCAAAAACAAUAGAUGGAACUGCAGACUUCAAUCCAUGGAUAAAUGAAAUUUUCAAAACUAUAUUUGAUUAUGAAAAUAUCGGUGAGCUAGAAAAUACUUCACUUUUGUUAAAGGUACUCUUUUGUUGCUACUCACUCCUUAUUAACCUUGUCUGGUCAAUUUCUUUGUUUCAAGUGACAUCCAUUUUCAAAACUACGAUUUUAUCAGGGCUUUUAGGGAAAAAAAAUUAUCGAAAAAAUCAAUCGGUGUUCGUUUUUGUUACAGUGAACGGCAGUCAACAUAUGGGAAAUAUGUGGGACCCGCGAAUUUCCUGGCUUUAUCCAUAUAUGAACAAGUCUCCACAAAAAAGGAAAGGAGGGCAAAUCAGGUUUACCAAUGAACAAACUGAUGCUCUGGAACAUAAGUUUGAUAGUCACAAGUAUUUGAGUCCCCAAGAACGGAAAAAACUUGCAAAGUCAUUGAGUCUCAGUGAACGACAGGUCAAGACCUGGUUCCAAAACAGACGUGCCAAAUGGCGUCGUGUACGUAAGGAUGGCGAAGAUGAAGAUGAGAUGCCAAAUGGAGCGUCAGCAAGAAGCCUCGGGCAGUUACAGUCUUCAAACCCCUAUUUACAUUGUUAA